AUGCGCUGUGUUACAACUCCUAGUUACACUAUCAAGGUUAAUGGAAAGGGAUAUGGUUAUUUCCAAGGGGAAAGAGGACUAAGACAGGGGGAUCCCAUGUCACUCCUGCUAUUUGUUCUAGUAAUGGAUUACCUGACAAGAGGCCUUAGUAAGAUGAGUGAGCUACUAGAUUUUCACUUUCAUCCAAUGUGUAAAGCAUAUAAGUUGACACACCUAAUCUUUGCUGAUGAUUUGAUGUUGUUUUGCAAAGAGAAAGUUGCUUCUAUUAACAGGAUGAUGGAAGUUCUCAACCACUUCAGUGCAGUGUCUGGGCUUUUGGCCAACCUAGACAAAUCCAACAUUUUCUUGGCAGAGAUGGAUGAGGAUCACAAGCAAGAGAUCCUAAAUUGCACAGGGUUUUCUUUGGGUUCACUGCCUAUAAGAAACCUUGGUUUACCUCUCUUCUCUAAGAAAUGGAGCAUAGUGGAAUGUCAUGCUUUGGUUGAUAAGAUUACACAGUGUGUGGUUAAGAGAAUUGAUAGAAUAUGCAGAGAUUACUUGUGGGGGAAUUCCAUAGGCGAAAGGAAGGUGGCAACGAAAAAUGAUGAAAACAUGUCACAAUGGUACAAUAGAGGCGUCUACCAACUGAAUGCUAGUGGUCUGUACUCAGUUUCCAGCAGCUACAUAGCACUGAAGGGAAACAUGACCAGGCUGAGAGAAGCUGAGCUUAUAUGGAAUGAUGUAAUGCUGCCAAGGAGUUUGCAAUGGAUCAAGAAUAGGCACUGGAGGCAGUUCAGGAAGGAAGUAGCAGCAACAAUCAUUGGUGCACUAAUAUACUACACUUGGCAAGCUCGGAAUUGGAAACAUUUAAGGAAGAUCACCAGAGGUUCUGAUCAGAGUGGAUUGGAACAACUGGAUGCUCUUAGUUUGUAA